AUGAAAGUAGUAACUCUUGCACGUAAAUUGGGUAACUCGAUUUCCUACAAAAGCAUCUUGAAGAAUCUCAGGAACGAAGUUAAUAAUCUGCAACAAAAAAGACAAAGGGUGCAAGAAAAUCUUACUUGGGAUUCUGAGGAAUUCCAGGAUAAAAGUAAGUGGUUAAAUAGAACUGAUGAGUUUUUCAGACAAGUGAAUGUAUUUGUGAACUACUAUGAAGGAAAAUGUUCUUGCACAAAUUUCCUAUGGUGGUACAAGGUUAAUAAACAAGCAAGAAAGAUGAUGCAAGAAAUGUUACAAUCACAAGAAGAAGGUAAUCUUUAUCUAUUAGUAAAACCACCAAAAGAUUAUAAGGCCCCAAAAUCAAGAGCAGAUACUAUAAAUGAUAUCAUGGAGGCCCUGAAGGACCCUCUUAUUCAAACAGUUGGAGUAUGGUGGUUGGGUGGUGGAGGCACAACCUUAUUAGCCAAACAGGUUGAAGAACAAGCAAAAGAAGAACCAAACUUGUUCAAGGUGGUUAUCAUAGAUGUAGCUGAGAAGCCAAGCAUUAAACAAGUUCAAGAAGAUAUUGAAGCUAUAUUGGAUCUGCAGUUUAAUGGGGAAUUGCAUGUGGAAAGAAGAAAUAGAUUGCGUCUAAGAAUAAAGAAAGAGAAAAAGAUUCUUAUCAUCAUUAAUGAUGUGUGGGGAGAAUUGAAUCCUCAAGAAUUUGAUUUGGACGAAAUUGGAGUUCCUUUGGGUGAUGAACAUAAGGGGUGUAAAUUAUUGCUAACAUCAAAAAAUUUGAAUUUCAUCCAAAAUUUGAUGGGUGCUCCUAUGGCUAAGAUGUUUCAACUAGAAGUGUUACUAGAAGAAGAGGCUCAGAGCUUGUUUCAAAAGAUGGUUGGAGGCAUUGCUCAAGAUUCUGAGGCAAGUUCCAAAAUAACUGAAAUAGUGAAAAUUUGUGAAGGUUUAGCUCCUGCAAUUUUUGCUAUAGCCAAGGUAUUAGAAAAGAAAGACCUACAUGCUUUGCAAGAUGCCUUGAUGCAGCUAAAGGAACAUGUUGCACCAAUAAGACUAUGUUACAAUAGUUUAGAGAGUGAAGAACACAAAUUCUUGCUCUUGAUUCUUACCUUUAGGGGAAGGAGAGCCGUGAACAAGUAUAGUAUAUAUAUAGACAUGUGGGAAGGUUUAUUAAAAAAUCUUGAUACAUUAGAAGCUGCAAGAAGUAGGUGUGAUUUAUUAAUUAGUGAUCUUAAGGCCUAUGGUCUUCUGGUUCAAGAUGAAAAUGAAAAUGUCAAAAUAAAUGAUUUGAUAUGGCACACUGCUUAUUCAAUAGCUCAAAGUGAUCUAAAAGCUUCAGUGAUUUCUACAGAAUGGAGGCUACCUGAAGAACGGUUGAGAAGUUUACGCUUCUGCAACAUGACUGUUGUGAGUGGUGCACAGGUUCCUGAAAGAUUGCAAUGUCCAGAAAUGCAAGAGAUUAUACUAAGCUCUGAUGAUCCCUCAAUGCAGGUUCCAAAUUCAUUUUUUGAUGAGACUAAACAUCUAAAAGUAUUAGAACUUACUGGCUUUGAUUGUUUAAAAUUGCCUUCUAGUUUUAGUAUGUUAAAGAAUCUUCAAGCAUUAUCCAUGUACAAUUGCAAAUUGGGAGACAUAACUGUAGUUGGUGAGCUCACAAGCCUUCAAAUUCUUGUCCUCUUUGGAAGUAGAAUCCAACAAUUGCCCAGAGAAAUUGGACAACUUCAGAAGUUGCUAGUCUUGGAUUUAAGAGACACAUAUCUCCAAGUGAUUCCAUCCAAUGUUCUGUCAAACUUAACUAGUUUGGAAGAAUUAUAUUUGAGAAACUCCUUUUGCAAUUGGGAGGUCGAAAGAUCCAACCGUGAAAACAAAAACGCAAGCUUGGAAGAGCUAACAAACUUGCAUCACUUAACACAUAUAGAAGAAUUGUAUGUUCCUGAGCCUCAAGCAUGGCCAAUGGACCUGUACUUUGAAAAGCUUAAAUCGUACAGGAUUUUCAUUGGGGAUAGAUGGGGUGAGACCCAUAAUGGUGAUCAUGGGUUAAAAACAUUGAAAAUCAAACUCAACAGAAGGUUGCAAUUGGAGGAUGGGAUUAAAAGGAUGAUGAAAAAUGUUGAUGUCUUGUACUUAGAUGAACUGAAUGGUGUCCAAAAUGUUCUCAGUGAUUUGGAUAGUGAUAGGUUUCCUCAUCUACAAUCUCUCUUUGUACAAAACAAUGCUGAAAUCAAAUGCAUAGCCAUGAGCUCUAGUGAUGAUCAUCACAUUGAUGCUUUCCCCAACUUAGAGUCUUUGUCUCUAAAAAAUGUAAGCAAUUUAAAGUAUAUAUGCGACGGUCCUCUAACUGAAAAAUCAUUCUUCAAAAUAAGAGUCAUCAAAGUACACAAAUGCCAUGAAAUGACAUGUCUCUUCUCAAAGACAAUGAUAGAAAGUCUUCCUCAUCUUGUUGAUUUAGAAGUUUCAGAGUGUAAACUCAUUGAGGCAAUUGUGGUUGGAGAAGAGAGAAUACCUAUACAUAUCGUGUUUCCUCAAUUACACUCUCUAAAUUUACAAGGGCUACCUGAAUUAUCAUGUUUCUACAGGCAUUCUGAUGAUGAACCCGUAAUUCUUGAUGACCAUGGACCCACACUUUUUGAUGACAAGAUUUCUUGUCCUAAUUUGGAGAGGAUGGUGAUUUCCAAUGUUAGUGAAUUGAGACAUGUUUUCAAAUACAAUGUUCAAAAUUCAUUUUGGAAUUUGAAGAGCGUAUACAUCGAAGAUUGUGAGAAUCUGAUGGCUGUUUUUACUCCUUUGUUAUUCACAAAUCUUCAAUAUUUGAAGAUUUUAGUCAUAAAAAAUUGCAGUUCAGUGAGACAGAUUUUUGGUUUGCAUUAUAGUAAAAUUGGAAAAUCAAGCAAUAUGCGUUUGAUUUGUUUAGCUCUACUUCGGCUACCAGAAUUGAGGUUUAUAUGCCGUGAGAUUGAUAGCGAAGAUGCUGUAAUUGGAUUUCCUGAAAUGGUCAAAAUGCAUCUUGAAGACUUGCCAUCACUUUGGGGGUUUAUCAAUGAAGGCUAUGUUGAAUUGUCAUCUUUGGAGAAUGUAGUUGUGAAUCAGUGCCCUAAGAUAUUCGAUUUUGGUUAG